UCGCGGCCCCCACCUCCGAGCGCGCGGCGGCGGCGCACCGCGCGCAGAGCCCACCACCCGGCCACCGGCGCCCGACUCCCGGCUCUCGGCUGCAGGCGGGGUGGGCGGCGCCUCGCGGGACCGCGGGACUACCGGACCAGGGGCUCUCCGGUGCCCACUUGCUCCCGCCACCCGGCAACGCGGACCCAGCGCCCGAGCGCGGGCGGGAUUGGCGCUCCGCGGUGGCCCGGCGUCCCGCGUGCGCCCCGCGGAGCCGCGCGCACACCCGCUGGCCGUCGGGGGCGCGGCCAGCCUCGGGAGCAGACACCUGUCCCGCCGCGGCGGCCCCGAGCCGGCGUCGCACCGCAGCCCGCGGCUUCGGAGGCAGCGAGGGCGGGGAGAACCUGAGUGGGGACUCGCGCUGUGGAGAAAGCCGCGCCCAGCCCGAGGUCUCCGACCCCGCGUGGCGAGCUGCAGGACACCAUGGCCCCUAAGCUGCUGCUGCUGCUCUGCCUGUUCUCGGGCUUGCACGCACGGUCCAGAAAGGUGGAAGAGGAUGAAUAUGAAGAUUCAUCAUCAAACCAAAAGUGGGUCUUGGCUCCAAAGUCCCAAGACACUGACGUGACUCUUAUUCUCAACAAGUUGUUAAGAGAAUAUGAUAAAAAACUGAGACCGGAUAUUGGAAUAAAACCGACCGUAAUUGAUGUGGACAUUUAUGUUAACAGCAUUGGUCCUGUGUCAUCCAUAAACAUGGAAUACCAAAUUGACAUAUUUUUUGCUCAGACCUGGACAGACAGUCGCCUUCGAUUCAACAGCACAAUGAAAAUACUUACUCUGAACAGCAACAUGGUGGGGUUAAUAUGGAUCCCAGAUACUAUCUUCCGCAACUCUAAGACUGCUGAGGCUCAUUGGAUCACCACGCCCAACCAGCUCCUCAGAAUUUGGAAUGAUGGAAAAAUCCUUUACACUUUAAGGCUCACCAUCAAUGCAGAGUGCCAGCUGCAGCUGCACAACUUCCCCAUGGAUGAGCACUCCUGCCCGCUGAUUUUCUCCAGCUAUGGCUACCCCAAAGAAGAAAUGAUUUAUAGAUGGAGAAAAAAUUCAGUGGAGGCAGCUGAUCAGAAGUCAUGGCGACUCUAUCAGUUUGACUUCAUGGGCCUCAGAAACACUACAGAAAUCGUGACAACUUCUGCAGGUGAUUAUGUUGUCAUGACCAUAUAUUUUGAAUUGAGUAGAAGAAUGGGCUACUUCACUAUUCAGACAUACAUUCCCUGUAUACUGACUGUGGUUUUAUCCUGGGUGUCAUUUUGGAUUAAAAAAGAUGCUACACCAGCAAGAACAGCAUUAGGAAUCACCACGGUCCUGACCAUGACCACACUCAGUACCAUAGCAAGGAAUUCCCUCCCAAGAGUGUCCUAUGUGACCGCCAUGGACCUCUUUGUGACUGUGUGCUUCUUAUUCGUCUUUGCUGCGUUGAUGGAGUAUGCCACCCUCAACUACUAUUCAAGCUGUAGGAAACCAAGUGCCACGAAGAAGAAAACAUCGUUAUUACAUCCAGAUUCCUCAAGAUGGAUUCAUGAGCGAAUAAGCCUGCAAGCCCCUUCUAACUACUCUCUCCUCGACAUGAGGCCACCACCACCUACGAUGAUCACUUUAAACAAUUCCGUGUACUGGCAAGAAUUUGAGGAUACCUGUGUCUAUGAGUGUCUGGACGGCAAAGACUGUCAGAGCUUCUUCUGCUGCUAUGAAGAAUGUAAAUCAGGCUCUUGGAGAAAAGGACGUAUCCACAUAGACAUCUUGGAGCUGGACUCAUACUCCCGGGUCUUUUUCCCCACAUCGUUCCUGCUCUUUAACCUGGUCUAUUGGGUUGGGUACCUGUAUCUUUAAAUGUUGCCCUUAGUGAUCAGUGAAGAGCACUUGGUUCACAUUCUUUUCCUUCCAUCAUUCUCUGUCCACUAGUGACCAACCGAGAGUACCAAGGAAGGACACUGUUCAGUUUAUCUUAAGUCAUAAAUUACCUUUCCAUAUCACAGGAAGUGUCUGGCAAAUAUUUCUACUAUAAAUUUCACACACACAAACACACCCAUGUUCAUUGAAUUUUAAAGCGAUAUUCUUGUUCACCCCUUACUGAAUCUGUGGCUUGAAGAUGUUUAUGAAUGAUUUUGCAUAUUGGAAGCAGCUAUGGAUUAACUGCCCGUGAGAAGAAAUCUGUAAAACAUGCAAGCAGUUAUCUGAGACGCGCUCUCAGGCCUUACUCCUUCUGUAUUGUCCCUCUGCAGUCCUUACCAUCAGCACCCAUGUGUAUUGAGACAUUUCUGGUGCAGACACUCUGAGCUGCCCUCGGUCCUGUGCUUGUGGACUCUCUGAGUUCAGGUGUGAGCUGCAGUGAGAUCUGACCCAGUUUCCUCUUUCUGUGGCCUGUUUUUCUUUGGCACCAUUUCACUGUUAGCACCCUUUUACCUUCCAGCCUCACCCUAGACCUUGAAUGAGUGUACAUGUACAUUUUCCCAUUUGAGGAAAAAUAUAAUUUGGUUUUAAGUUUUAUGUCAUUGACAUCAAAGAAUUGGUUAUCUCUGAGCAUUAGGUUAGAGCUUUAACCCAAACUGCCAAGAGUCAAUAGUAUUUAAAGUGUGGGUUCUUGGACUAGUUCAACGUUUUACCUUAAGAGCUGUGUUUUACUAGACCAAGUUCAAUCCCAGAGUAUGUGUCCAGCUUGUGUUACAUGGGUUAAAUAAAUGUCUUCAGCUUGCAAAGAAAGGCAUACAGCAUGCAGAAGCCUUUGUCUUGAAAAUCUGUUCCAGAGUGUGAAAGAGAUGUAGGUAGAAUCUUAAACAUUUUAUUACUUUUCAAAUCAAACCAAAUUUACAUGCAAAAAAAAUCAGUAAUGGCUGUCAUCAAUUAUAUAUUUUGAUGAACAAAAAAUAUUUUAUACCUUGAAAUAUGGAUACAUAGCAAAAUUCCAAAGAAAAAAAUCCCCCUUGAAUCAAUACUCUUUUGAUAUUUUUAUAACACAAAACCUGUUUGCUUCCUGAUGCUAGUUCUUUGUUAUAACUGGAUGCCAGUGUGUGCUUCAUAAGCCUCUUUUGAAGCUUUCCAACAUCAGUGGGGGAAGGGGUCCCACUAGUUAUUUAAUAAUGCUUGAGCAUUAUUAAAAUUUUGGUAUCAAAAUGUCUGUGCUUCUCAUCCUUCUCACCCAGAAGACAAAUUUAAUUAUUUUUGGAAACCAUGAAUUUUUAAAUUAUCUAUUGUGAAUACUAUUAUUACUCAAAAAAAAAAAAAAACUAAAACAUUAUACAGAGAAAUUAUAUAAAAGUGGUGACUUCACAAAUUCACUGGUUGUAAAUGAGAUAAAGGAGGGGUUGGGAGCAGAAAAGGAUAGAAAAAUUCCUAUUAGAUACAUCCAUUUAUUCUUCUCAACUUUGUUGCGUAUCAAGUGAAUGCAAAAAUACAGAUUCAUUAUCACCUGAUUUUUGAAGUUCAAGUCUGUAUAGUGUGAAACAGUCAUACUCAUUUUUCUUGUCAGUUCUACCUUUUGAUUUGAUAGUUGCUUCAUAAGCCUCAAGCCAAUUAGCUUCUACUAAGCAAAUUUGGCUUUUAAAAUUUAAAAAACAAUAAGUUGAAAACAUUGGCUGAAAUGAACUUUCUCCUUUUGUGGAGAAUUUCAACCUCGCCUGCCCGUCACAGUUCCUGAGCACAGGAAUCCCCCCUUUACACCACCACACUGCCACAGAGGGCAGUCUUCCUCCAACACAACUUCCCACUUGAAGGAUGCCAACAAUAUGAAAAAUUUCAACCUUUUACAUUUUGAAAAAAGUUCUGCAGAGAACUGAAUUUUCUAGUAAAAUUCUUCUUGGGAGGAAAAUAACCUAAAAACUUUUUUAGAACACAGAUGUGGUCCAAUUUUACCUUAAAAACAGUUUUAAUGAGGCUUCUUAUUUCAAAAUCACUCAAUAUUUGGAUGUUUUUGCCAACUCUUGUGAAAUUUUGCACACAGCAGAUAUAUCCCAAUUGCCUCUCUAUUCUGAAUCUAGCCAUUGUCUUCUGAACCUCAGCAGUCCUUGUGAUCAAAACACAGCAGUUCAUGGUUCCUGUUCCAUAAAGGAGAACCUUCAUCUCUAGAGAGUCGAGCAGAUGUUCACUAACAGAGCACAAAAUAGAUUCUUGAGUGAAACGAGCUAAAGCAUCAUCCCCCAAAUCACUGCAAUGCAAUGCCUGUUUCUCUUCAGGCUUGCAUAAUUCACUGUUUCUGUGUCAGUCUCAACUCCUGAGAUGAACUUUCUCAGUCCACAGUAUGGGAGACUUCAGUGCACCCCACUCAGAGGCUUUCAGCACAUGGGUGUGUUUACUUUUUGGAGGAAGGAGGCAGAGGCAUGCAGGGAGAGUGUGAGGGAGGCACAUCCCUCUUCAAUUGCACAACUCUCCUUUGCUGGGAGUCUGCUUCUGAGGGUUAUGUGGGGGCACUCGGCUCAAGGCUGUUCACACAGCUCUGCCCAUGCUUUGCAUGUAGACUUGGGAAGCAUUUUUGAUCCAAAUGAUUUGCAUUCCAAAGGUGCUAUUGUGUUCCUCAAUUUCAGAAAUACUCUACAGCGAGGAGAUGACAGUUCUGUAUUUUGACAAGGAUUCAAAUUUCUGACCACUGUGGAUUUUACUUAAAACUGUGACUGCCUCUCUUUUAAGCUGCACCACGGGGAAAGGGGGAAGGAAGGAAAGACAUUUAGGAUGAAUGGAAUUAGAGCAAAAUGUCUCUUUAGAGCCUAUAUAAAUUUUGACUUGCAAAGUCCCAGCACCACUGACCAGAACAGAGGCCCCAAAUACUGAACAGAGAAGGACAAUGUUGAAAUAACUUACUCUGGACCCAGCCAGCACUUCUCUCAAUCUAUCCAAAAUAUGCCUUAAAACAAAACAAAAAGCUCACAUAACACAUAUCUUGUAAAGUUUUCCACCUCCUGAAAUCAGCUGUAUUUUAAGCCAGGUUUUAUUCUCUUUUUGUGUGUGAAUGGAAAUAGAAUUUCAUUUCUUUAUAUGCCAAAGUUUUAUGCUUCAUUUUACACCAAAUCAAUUAAAUAUAAUGCUUUUUUUUUUGAUUCCUCAAUGGAGAAAAUGCUUGUUCUUAAUAGUGAACUAUUUUCAUGCCACAUAUGGGGAAUUGGGGCCAAUCUAACAGUUAGUUUCAUAGCCCUUCUGAUGGGGAUGUCAAGUGUCCAUAGAGAACCUUACACCAAACCUUUUCCCCUAGUGAUGGCUUGCUGCAGUAAAAGUAAGAGUUUAGACAAAAUUUCACAUUCUGGGAAGCAAUGGGGAAAGGGACCAGCCUUCCCCCCACCCCAUUCCAUUUUGCAUUGACCAGAGCUUGCCACAACUAAAAAUCAAUGGGCCACAUUCUAAAGGGCUAGAACACAAAACAAACAAAACCUCUUCUUCCUUCAUAAUUUUUUUCUCAGCUGCCAAACUGGAAACUUAUGUCAUUUCUCUGAGACUUGGAAUAUUACAACUGGUCUCCAACUAUUAGUCUUUAUCACCAUAUUUAAUUCAAUGUUCUCAAGGCUCAAAGCAUUUUGAAUUCAGUCGAAGAUCUUGCAACUGUUUUUGAGAGAUUUUUCUGAGAGUUUAUAAAUUGUAUAUAUGUGAGAUUUCAGUUUCAGUUUCUAUAAAAAUUAGUGAAUGACAGGAUAAACAAACAAGCUCAUGUAAAUAAAAUACACCAAAAUGUCAAAUCCAUUUGUACUGAUCAGUGUCCAUUUCAGAACACUAUCAUUUAGAGCCGGCGCCGUGGCUCAAUAGGCUAAUCCUCCACCUUGCGGCGCCGGCACACCGGGUUCUAGUCCCGGUUGGGGCGCCGGAUUCUGUCCCGGUUGCCCCUCUUCCAGGCCAGCUCUCUGCUAUGGCCAGGGAGUGCAGUGGAGGAUGGCCCAGGUGCUUGGGCCCUGCACCCCAUGGGAGACCAGGAAAAGCACCUGGCUCCUGGCUCCUGCCAGGAUCAGCGCGGUGCGCCGGCUGCAGCGGCGGCCAUUGGAGGGUGAACCAACGGCAAAGGAAGACCUUUCUCUCUCUGUCUCUCUCUCUCACUGUCCACUCUGCCUGUCAA